UGCGCAGAGAGGAUUACAUUCAAGGGAGAUGAAAGCUAUUGAUUACAUGGAUUUCUCGUGCUCCUAAUAAACUUUUUUCCAGACGUUUUUCUAAUCUGAAUUUCAAUAUUCAGAGCAUUUGGAAAGGAAUCGAAUGGAAUCGGAUUAUAUCACCCAAGAAAAUAAUCUCGGCGCAAAAGUAAUCAGGUUUAAUUUUUGCGAUGGCGCGAUGGUUGCGAGACACGUGAUCGGCGCCAUCCAAUCAUGGCGCGGCAGCGACAGCCAUAUCUUCUUUGUUCUGGAUUUAUCAACGUUGCUGACUAAUUACAAGUUUACACUUUAUGGAUUUUUUAAAGAUCAAGUCUUUAAUCGCUAGGGAAUGCUCUCGUAUGCAAUGUAUCUUAAAAGAAGACGUGUUUUCGGGAAUUCCUGCUGAAAACCAGUUUAAGCCACGCGAGUAGUUGUGUGGGUGAUCACAUGACUCUCCCUGCCCCCACUUCGAUCCAAUGAAUGGGGAAGAAGAAGUCGGACAUGUUUGAGGGAAAUGUGUUGAAUAAAGAAACGUGGCUGAAGACAAGAAGAAAAUCAGGAUUUUUCCCAACAAUGAGGAAUUCGACAUAUUUUGCUUUUCCUUUUUAUUUUCAAUUCACUUAAUCUGGAUAGAGGUAUAUGUUGAGAGAUUUAGAUUUAUUUUUGAAAACAAAAUUAAGUUGUUGUAAAACAUUGUUAACAAUUUAAAUUUGACGUUUUGAUUUAAAUAAUGUAUAGACAACGAACAAUUUGGUCGGUUUAGUGUUGUAUUUUGUUUCCCACAGUCGAUGACAUUGUUUCAAAUCUCUAACCUUGGCAGUGGGGGAUGGGCUGCAGUGUAUUUUUCAAAAAAAUCCGUUGUCCUAAACGGUUUUAAUUUUAAAAUGGCUUUAAAUAUAGGAUGUUAUAUCAGGUUAAUAUACUUUAAGGCGUUUAACAUCCAUUGAUGGCUUCAGGACAGAAAAUAUUUUAAUCAGUGUAUUUCAAGCUUUCUCUAAAAAAGUAAAUACGCGAUACGAAAACCUCGACAAGAUUUGUUAACAAUAGUAACUUUUUAAUAGAACAGGCAGAAAAUUUGAAGGGAAUCAAACGUAUUUUCGAUAUUGUAGAUGAUUUUGGUUUUGGUAGUUAGAGCUCGAAGUUGGCCUAAACGCAGUAGUCGUUUUUUUCUUAGAAUUUUAUUAAAUUCUUAAUGUAAUUAUAAUAUUUAAGCAAAUUCCGAACAAUUUUAGUGAGUUUUGUACAUAUUUUUUAUCUUUAAAUCGUGUUUUAACAACUGCGUGUCGUCGUUCGAGGCAAAGUUGCUGCGUCAUUUUAUGGAGGACACUCCUUGUAGGCCAUGUUGAAUCGACACAGCGAGAAGGGCAUCGCCUUUUUUUGUUUGCUUGUUUUAAUGAGUUUGUCGUGUUGUUUUACACUUGGUUAAAAAGCCGUUUUUUUAAACGAGACGAUGUUUUUGGCUCUUUAGGCCUUUUACAUUUUGUUUUUGGGAUGUAGCAACAUCACGUGGUUGCUUUUUAGAUUGUUGUUCGAACUUUUAUUUAGUCCUUUUGUGAUUUACAGGCAGUUGGUGAGGAAGAGGCUGUAAGAAGUGAACUGUACGUGUGUGUGCCGCAUUUGUCUGUUACGCGUGACUAAUCGGGUGAGCCAAUGGCGUAUUUCCAACCUGCCCUGGAUGAUCGCGCCUUAGUUUUGGGGAGCCAAUCAGCGAAGUCUGUUGACGUAACACGAAACUCUUGAGAAACGCAUCUUUACUGGAAAUGUUACCGCAUCUUUGAGGGUUUUAAAUUAUUCGCGAAAAUGUUUUACUGAAUGCUAGUCUCAUAACUACAGCAGUGGCGUUGCUUAGACAAGUGUUUUUUGCGAAAAAAUAUGGUUUAAAUCCACAAAUCGUGCUUCUGGGUAUGUGCGGGCGUGGCUUAUUUGAUUGACAGCUAGAAUGGCCUGUAGAAUUCGCGUAGGCGUGUACGUAUGGCGUUACAUCAGCCAAUGGAGCCGUCGACGGGUUUAUAAAAAGUCGGGCGGAGCCUUAACGUCGCCAUUUCAUUGUAGCUCUGAGCUGGAGGAUAGAGGAAGUCAGAAAAACAAGGCCGCGAAACUCGGACGUUCGAACGAAACCGGUUUAUAAACAGAAUCCGGAUCCAUCCCGAUGGAGACGGCCAUUAGCCCGCCCUUUGACAGCUCUUUGGGCGGGGGCGACGGCAUGCAGGGGGUCACCAUGAUGGAGCAGACCAUCUCCCCUCCUGGCAAGCGCAUCCGCAAGCCGUCGCUGCUGUACGAGGGGUUUGAAGGGCCUGCUCUCCCACAUAUCCCUCAGUCGGGACCCCCUCAACCCCCUGUGCGGGACCCCACUCGCCAGGGCCGCAUGACCAACCAACUGCAGUUCCUUCAGAAGGCUUUACAGAAGACGCUGUGGAGGCAUCACUUUGCCUGGCCUUUCCAUGAGCCGGUGGAUGCUGCCAAGCUCAACCUGCCUGAUUAUUAUAACAUCAUUAAGCAGCCCAUGGAUAUGGGGACUAUCAAGAAAAGACUGGAAAACAACUAUUACCGCAGUGCCAACGAGUGCUUGCAGGAUUUCAACACCAUGUUUACCAACUGCUACAUCUACAACAAGCCAACAGAUGACAUUGUCCUGAUGGCUCAGUCUCUGGAGAAGGCUUUCCUGCAGAAGGUUGCACAGAUGCCCCAAGAGGAAGAAGAGAUUCCUGCUCCUGUCCCUAGGGGCAAACAGGGCAAACCUAAAAAAGGCCACAAAUCACUCUCAGGUGGAUUCACGACAGCUCAUCAGGUCCCUGCUAUAUCUUCUGUGUCUCAGUCGGCCUACUCCCCUCCCACUCCAGACACCCCUGACUCGGUUCUUUCCACCCCACCGCAGACGCUUAUAACCAAGACUUUGCCUCCCACUUCACACAGCACCCCUGCACUGAUGGGCCUGCCUCCUACCCAACCAACUGCAAAGAAAAAGGGCGUCAAGCGCAAGGCAGACACGACCACCCCCACCACCACAGGCAUGCCAAUUGCUAUGGGUGUAGGUGGCAUGGGUCUUGGCAUGGGCGGUGGUGACUCCCCGCUCACCCUCUCCGCUUUGGGUGCCGACCCCAAACAGAGCCUGUCCCUCAGCCUGGGCAUGGGUCUUGGAGGCGGCAUGGGUCUCGGAGGUGGCAUGGGUCUUGGAGGCGGCAUGGGUCUCGGUGGCAGCAUGGGUCUCGGUGGCGGCAUGGGUCUUGGUGGAGGCAUGGGACUCGGUGGAGGCCUGGUCGGAGACAAAAUGCCGGCAAGACGAGGUGGCAGUGGCAGGCCCAUCAAACCACCACGGAAAGACUUGCCUGACUCCCAAAACCAACAUCAGCCGGUGCGGCGUGGGAAGCUAAGCCAGCAGCUACGGUACUGCAGCACGAUUCUAAAAGAGCUGUUGUCGAAGAAGCACGCGGCCUACGCCUGGCCCUUCUACAAGCCGGUGGAUGCUUCUUCACUGGGACUGCACGACUAUCACGAUAUUAUUAAGUAUCCCAUGGAUCUAAGCACAAUUAAGAGGAAAAUGGAUCAUCGGGAGUACAGGGAUGCAUUGCAGUUUGCUGCUGACAUCAGGCUAAUGUUCUCAAACUGUUACAAGUACAAUCCUCCAGAUCACGAUGUGGUGGCCAUGGCCCGAAAAUUACAGGAUGUCUUUGAGUUCCGCUUCGCCAAGAUGCCGGACGAGCCCCUGGAGUCCCUCCCACCUGCGUCCCUGGGCGGCGGCCUGGGCGGUCACUCCUCCUCUUCCUCCUCCUCUUCCUCCUCGUCGUCAGAGAGCGACGUGAGCAGCGAGAGUGAGAGCGAGAGCAGCCCGAGCUCCGACAGUGAGGAGGAGAGAGCGCAUCGCCUGGCCCAGCUUCAGGAACAGUUGAGGGCGGUGCACGAGCAGCUGGCCGCGCUGUCCUCCACGCCCAUCAUCAAGCCCAAGAAAAAGAAAGAAAAGAAAGACAAGAAGAAAAAGAAGAAGCCGGAGAAACACAAGCGGGGCAGGAGUAUAAUGGAGGAAGAGGUACUUGUGCGACCACCGAAAACUCCAAAACUCUCCAAGACACCAAAGAGCAGGAGCAACAGCAAAGCAGCGACCUCCACUCAGGGCAAGAAGGGCUCUAAUAAGAAGAGCAACAAGAGCAAAUCCUCUAAAAAAUCUCAAGCUGCCUCCUUUAACUCCCACCCCAUGAGCCAAGGCGGUCUUACGCCGCACUAUGACUCUGAGGAGGAAGAGGAGACCAGCCCGAUGAGUUAUGAUGAGAAACGGCAGCUCAGCCUGGACAUUAACAGGCUGCCUGGCGAGAAACUGGGCCGUGUUGUUCACAUCAUCCAAUCGCGAGAGCCCUCGCUGCGUGACACCAACCCAGAGGAGAUCGAGAUUGACUUUGAGACGCUCAAACCGUCCACGCUGCGUGAGCUGGAGCGCUACGUCAUGAUGUGUUUACAAAAACCACGAAAACCUUAUGUGGCAGUCAAAGCAGCUGCAGGAAAGUCCCGUGAGGAAAUAGCUUUGGAGAAGAAGAGAGAGCUGGAGAGGCGACUACAGGAUGUCAGCGGUCAGCUCAACUCUGUCAAGAAACCACAGAAAACCAAAGUGGAGAAGCCUACUGCGGUGGAGCCUCAUGCUGUUGCGUCUCGUCUCAGCGCCAGCAGUUCCAGCUCAGACUCCUCUUCAUCAUCCUCCUCAUCCUCCUCCUCUGACACCAGUGAUUCAGACUCGGGUUGAAAGAACGGACAUCAAUUAAAAACAUGCACUCCAUCCCAGAAUAGCAUCGUUUCUGCUCAGUAACUAAUGAGAAAAAGCAGUGUUUCUCUUUAGAUGUAUAUAAGCAGGUCAAAGAGCAUUCUGGGAAAGAAGGAACUGGCGGAAAAGCGGACCAGGGCGUCGUCGUCUAGUUUGGGACUCCUUUCUGUUAGUCCAUCCUUCUUUGUGUAUAUACAUGUACAAAGAUAUAUAAAUAUCUAUUUUUCUUUUAUAAAGAAGAAUUUUAAGCCAUUCCCUGGUAGGGAAGAAAACAAAAUCUGACUUUUUCUUUUGUGAAUCUUGUGUUGCUCUUUUCUCUCUCCCUCUUUUCGUUUGACCUUUUAUUAGUUUAAGUCCUAAAGAAAACAAAAGGCUUGGAGUGGAAACUGCUGUCACUUUUGUUUGCAUGAGCGAGUGCGUGAUGUGUACGUGUGCCAUUGAAUCCCGUGGUUUUCCCAUUUACACACUUUGCACAUACAUCCAUGUGGUGCCGCUCAGUUGUGCAUUUGAAUGAAAAAACAAAGCUCCACCUAUUCAAAUGGCAUCUGUACAGCCAGAAGUUAUGAGAACAGGGAAUUAUGUUGGCUUUAGUGGCGUCUUAAAACUUGAAUCUGAUCACCUCUCCAUCCAGCCUGCUUUAUUCCCCGUGGUUUAAAUCUCCAUUGUUUUUAUAUACAAACAUGCAGAAUCUUGCUCAUUGAAUUCAGCUGAGCCACAUUAGCAUUUGUUUGUUUUUUGGAUGCAUAAAUUAUUUUUAUGUUCUUGUGGUUUCGGUCAUGAUUUCUAGAGCAGAACAGAGUCUUAGAUGCACUAUGAGAGGUACACAGCUGCUUAAUUAGGUGUUGAUAUAUGAAUACUGUUUGUAAAUCUUGGUUUUUGAGUUUUAGUCUGUUUUUUUUUUUAUUUUAGUGUGUUUAUUAUUAUUCGCCCAGAAUGCACAAUUUAUGGUUUUAACAAAGUGACCCUCAUAUUUAGAAUUUAAAUGCUUGGAAAUAUAGUUUCAGUUUUACAGCACAUGUUGUUACACAACAAUGAAAUUUGACGUUUGUAUUUUUUUUUUU